AAAGGCGGGACAAUUAGAAUUAAAUCCACUUUCUCUUUCCUCAGAAACCAGAACAAGAAAACCCAAGAAUACCCGAAUUCCAUCAUCUUCAACAAUGGUGAAAGCAAUUCCAAGAAUCUCAGAGAGAAAAACAAGAAAACGCAGAAGAUUCCCUGUGAAAUCAGAUAAUCUUCUUCUGGGUAUCAAAAUGGCGAAUCUAACAACAAUUCCACCCUCUUCAAACCAUCUUCAUCUUCUUCAACAAACAUCAACGCCUAAAUCAGACCCCCAAAUUUUGGAUCUAAUUCAUGCAACCCCACCUCCGUUGAAGAGGAAACGAAACUCCUGCUGUCCUACGUCAUCCCCCAGUUACAGUUCUUCGACUUACGCCACUUGUUCUUCUUCUCCAGCUAUUUCUCCUUCUCUCUCCUCGCCGUCUCCACCACCGCCUUCAGCCUUUCUCCUUCGCUGCAACAGCUCUGCUUCUAGCUCUGAGAAUAGCUCCAGUGCUGAGAAAAUGAGGAAGAUAUUUCAAGAAUUGAAUGCUUCACCAUCGCCAGUACCUCGGAACUUAAUGGCUCGAUUGCUGCCACCACUUCCACCGCCUCCGUCACCGAAGCUUCUCAGGAGGACUGUUUCUGACCCUGUCACACUCUCGCCUGGUUACUCCACCCUUAAGGGAAACAACGAGAAGGAGAAAAGGCAAGAACAACUGGUGAAGGCAGAGAAGUUAUCAGGGGAUUGGACAAUGUUCAAACUCAAAUGUGAAUGUGGCUCUGAUUUUCAAUUUCUCUUCUGUGGAGCUGACGGUAAAUGUUACAAGCUCGUCUGAAAUUUAGAUUCUGAUACCGUGUAAGUAGUAAAUUUAGGUUGAUUGCUUUCUCUGUGACAUUUGUAAUUGGAAUUGUGGUGUUUCUGUAACAUUUUCGUACAUUGCUGUUUCUGCUUCUGUUAAGCUGAGCGGCUAAGUAGAAGUAUCAAGUAUGUAGGAUUUCUUGAAUAAAACAGUUGUUGUGUUGUUUCCGAAAGUGUACAGCUAGUGUGGGUUCCAAUUAAUUUGAAAUUUCGGAUGCAAUCAUGUAAAUUUAAGCAUCCCUUUGUAUUCUAUGGCCUUAGAAGGAUACAUAUACCAAAUCCGUAUUUUGGCA